AUGGAUAUCCAGGCUUCGUCUCUCCUCCUGCUUCUUCCUUUCCUUCCACUUCUCAUUCCAUGCAUGUUCAUCUACUUCCUUCCAAUAUUCAGUUACAGAGCUGCGGCAAGAACCCAUUUUAGCUUGUUAUUGGGCUUCUUCCACAUCAACUCUUCUAAUGGCGAUGCCUCCGACGACGUUGGCGGAGAUCCCGGCGUGAGGCGCUACUUCACUUUAAAUCAGCCUGCCGCAGAGUCUGAGACGAAACAAGCAGAGUGCGCCAUAUGCUUGUGUAAGAUAGAAGAAGGAGAAGAGAUCCGAGAGCUGAGAUGUGAGCAUCUCUUUCACAGAGUUUGCUUGGAUAGAUGGAUUGGAUAUAGGCAGUCCAGUUGUCCCCUUUGUCGGGGUUCUAUAAUGCCGGCGAGCAGGAUGACAGCCAGGCUUUCCGGAGGGAAUGAGGAGGUUGUGGAGGAGAUAGUCUUCAUGUUCUCUUCCUUCCAACGUUCCGACGCUCGGGAAAGAUGGUGGCUAAGAAAUAAAAGGGUCUUACCUUCUGCUUUUGAUCCUCCUGGCGGUGGUGGUGGGAUGCAGGAUUCCAUGUAA